UUGUUUAUUAGCAUGCAUUCAUGUUGUUUUAUUAAUGCUUUUUUUAAACCCAGAUAUAGUUAUACAAUAUAGCAAUUAAAAACGACUACUGUGGUGGUGUUGAUGUGUUCUUUAUUUUUUAUUUUUUUUAAACAACAAAAGAAUAAGUUUUGACUCAAAAAAACUGUCAAUAUGUGGUCUGGAUCACGUCUACCAAAAUUACCAGUAGCAUUUGAACGCAUCAAUCCAUGUUGAAGUGGUUUACUUCAGGUUCCCUCGGAGAAAACAGUGACGACAAAACUGCAGCAGGAAUUCAGUCCACCGCCUGGACCGAAUGGAAUAAGUGGAACUCUAGGAAAUAAUCUAGUUUAUCUGAGUGAGUUUAAGGAAGUUAUUUUAAGAAUACAUUCAUGAAACGCGAUUUCAAGUUAAAUGGACUUCAUUCUUAGCAUUGGAGGUUAAUGGCGAAGCUUCCAGGAAGCGCAGGUGUGUCACUGCUCGGGGACAAGUCUCUGGAGUUCUACCGGGACCCGGUGAACUUCUGCCGGCAGAGGAUCCUCAAACACCGCGGCAGAGUCUUCCAGAGCCGCCUGCUGAACAGACCCACGGUGUUCGUCUGCUCCGUCAGGGGAAUGAGAGAGCUGCUGGGCGAGAAGACCAACAUCUUUUUGAAGGAUCCAACUGAUUUGAUGACCAACAUGUAUGGAGACACCCUUGUUACCACCAACGGUGAGGAGGCUUGUCUCCUCCGUCUGUCUCUCACCAGCUUGUUCACAGAAACAUCUCUGCAGUCUACAAAGGAAUACAUCUUCAGUGUAUGUGAACAGCGUCUGAAUGACCUCUCCCUGAGAGGUCAAUCAGAGUGUGUGUACUCCGUUUUUAAGCGUCUGGGGACCGAGUUGGUCUUGGGUCUUUUUCUGAACUUACGAGCAGAAGAACAGCCAGAACUUUUCCAGGAAGUUGUGCAGCUCUGCACGCAGCACUGGCAUGGUCUGAUCUCUGCUCCGGUGAACCUUAAAGUUCCUCUGUGGUCGUCAGGUUUCUCCACAGCGCUGGAAGCCAGAGACAGACUGAUGGACAUCAUUAAAGAGAAGUUGGAGAAUGACACAGGGGGUUUUCCUGCCACUCUGGCCUCUUUACCGCUGCCUGACUCCAGUGCUGCAGCCCAACACCUCCUGCUGUUCAUCUCAGCCCUCAUUCCCAAAGCUCUGGCCUCUCUGCUCACCUCCUUCACUCUGGUCCUCAGUGCAGAUGAGCAGGCAGAGACUCGCCGGCGCGCCACUGAAGACCCGGACUUCCUACACGCCGUCCUGCUGGAGCUGCAGAGACUGUGGCCGCCUUUCAUUGGAGGACGACGAAUAGCUGAACAGGAUAUAACCCUCGCCGGGUUUGACGUUCCUAAAGGUUAUGGAGCAAUUUUCAUCAGUCACUCCAUCCAUCGGGAUCCAGAGGUGUUCCAGCAGCCCGACAGCUUCCUGCCAGAACGAUGGAGUGGAAGGAAUGCUGGACAGGAGAACUUUCUGUGUUCUUUUGGGAAUGGAGCUCGAAGCUGCAUCGGAACCAAGCUCACCGACGUUUUUCUAAAGACGAGGGAUGUGAUGUGAGGAGAUGAAUGGAUGGACGCGAGAGAGCAGAGGGAGGAACGGAUGACAUCACAGCGGAGCCCAUUUCCGGCCAAUCCCCUCAACAACCCCCUCCCUGCCUCUUUCCUCCACCCUCUCACACCUCUCUGUUGUUGCUACGGCAGCAGCAGCAGCACCAUCCUAUCUCUUUGAAGCUUUGUUUAUAGGGUUGGUAGUAGUACUGUGUAGUGUUCGUCUAUGUUGACAGGGUACACUUGAGGCUUCAGUCCAGCAUGAGAGAACACAGGUUGUUCUUUCAGCCAUCAGUCUUCAUUCUUCCUCUUUAUCAUCUGUCUGUCACCAUCUUCUCUUCCAUCACUGUUUCAGAGCUUCAUGCGAGCAGUCGCUCUUUUAGCGCAUUACAUUUUCACCAGUUUUCAUAGGAAUUAAUGUAGCAGGGUUUGUAUUUGUGCUCUAGAAACAAAAUGUAAAUAAGAAGUAUUUUUAAAAUUAAAAUUAAAGGAUGUUUU